AUGCAGCCUCGUGCAUGGCAGUGCGCGCCCCACAAAGCUGUGGCGGGGCUAGGGCAGGCCGCCUCCCACGAUAGCAGGCUGGAGGCGCCGGGCCUGGGCGGCAGCAGCAGCAGCAGCAGCAGCAGCGCCAACGGCAGCAGCGCCAAUGGCAGCAGCAGCCAGGGCAGGGCGGCAGCGCAUCUUGGCGCCGCCGCGACGGCGCUCGCCUCGGGCGCCUGCCGGGUGCGUCCGGUCGAGAACGGCGACUAUUGGGCGGUGGCCGACCUGCACUGCUCUGCUUUCUACCCGCGUGCCAUGCCCUUCUGGUUCUCGGCCCUGAGGGUCGACCGAGUGAUUGCGCUGCAGCUAGGCAAGGAGCGGCAGGCCGACCUGGGCAACUUUCAGUGCCUGGUGGCAGAGGGCGCCGCUGACGGCAGCGAGGACGAGGCUGAGGAGGGCGGAGUGGUGGCAGCCGCCGCGCUGUCGGCGCCCGCCGCGCCCGCCGCGGGCUCUGCCGUGGCGGCCGCCGAGGCGGCGCGGCGGGCGGCGCCCAAGACGGCGACGGGGACGGGCGCAGGCGACCGAGUGGACCUGGGCCCCCUGGUGGACUUUGCCGUCCAGCUCUUCUUCCCCCCCUCCAUGCGCCUCAACUAUGCCGCCACGCACGAGGCCAGCAGCCUGCGGGGCGUGGUGGUGGUGGACAGCUGGGGAGAGCACGUGCCCCGCAAGCGCCGGGAGAUGAACAACGGUACCGUCAGGCAGGUGCGGCGCACCGCAAUCGCUUACCUGUCAAACCUGGCGGCGGAGCAGACAGCCAUUGGCUGGGGCUGCCGCAGCAUGGCGCUGCAUGUCGACCCCAGCAACAACGCAGCCAUGCAGAUGUACCUGCGUGCUGGCUACCGCCGCGUCCUGGAGCAGCCCGCGUGGCAGCGCUGGCUGGAGGGGCGGCAGACGCCGCUGGUGCUGAUGAUGCGGGCCCUGCCGCGGCGGGCAGCCCAGGCGGCAGACGCCCCGGCAGGCGCAGAACAGCAGCAGCGGCAGGGUGCCGCCGCACCGCUGUGA